AUGGCCGGACGUGACAGCGACGAUGACAGCGACACAGAAUGGGCGCCGCCGAAGCAACCAGAGUGGUACAAGAGCAAGGCCAACACGACAAGCUCCAACAGCAUGUCACAAACGAAUGUAAGAGAAGGAUAUGGGAUCACGACCUUAGAGGUUGUUGAACUUGUAGAGGACCUUACAAGCUAUGUCAAGAAAAAGGACCUACUCGAGAAGAUCCAAUCAGAAAAGAGCCAAUCGCAGCUUCUGAAGAGCUUGCGUUCACCAACGUCAAAGGACUGGCUUGCGGUAGCCAAAUGUACACGGCUGCGAAAUGCGCAAAUACCCAAAGUCUUCCACGAGGCUGCAGCCGGAACUAUCUGGACGAUGAUGCUAGCCAAGGUGCGUCAGUACGGCGCCAAGGUCAAGACAGAGGACCCGAGCAACACGCCAACGCCGACACUGUCUGAGACGGCGCAGCGACGGUCUUCGUCCGUCGUGUCCAACAGGUCUACAGCGUCGAUAACCGACAAGUUCGGCGUUGCAUCACUCACUGAGCCGGCUAUCUUGAAUGACGCCAAUGUUGCCUUAGUAGACGCUGUGCAUCACUCUGUCGUCAAACAAUUCCCCAUGUUCAGGCUGAUGACGAAGGAAAGCCAGCAGAAAUUGGAGGAGAACUACUUUGAGGUUAGGGCCCAGCACCUCAAGUACGAUGCCCUCAUCCAGCAUUUGUCAUUGCCCAAGUACUCCGAUUGGUACCAAGCAGGCACCUCUCAGGUCAUGGAUGCGUUGACGAUGACGCUCAUUGAGGACGACGACGACUUGCUAGGCACCGUCAACUCUCAUAUCAAGUCGAGGAGGCUCGGAGCACCCUCACCACCCAAGAAGAGAGGCCGACAUUCCAAACUUAUACCAGACGGACCUCCCCUCAAGCGCCGUAAGACCGAGGCAGCGGACAGCAGACAUGCAAAAGCAAGCGGGGGAAGAACCAAGAAAGACAAAGAUUCAGAGGACUCCGACACUGGCAGCGACGUCCCGCGCCCACGCAGGAGGGACAGAGCAGCGGCCCGCGCUCGAUCAGCUGAAAGAAAGCGGUUAGGAAAGGAAGCGCAGCUUAAGAAGACCAGGGACGAAGAGGAGCUGGCUAAGGCCAAAAAAGAGAAAGAGGAGAAAGAAGCUCGGGAGCGCGAGACUCAGCCAGAUGGCCCGCUAGACAGCGACGACUACCGCUCAGACAGCAGCUCGGACAUUGACCCUGAGGAUGACUCGGAGGACGAGGAGGCAACGACAGCAAAGGACCUUGCCAGAGAACAAAAAGAAAAGGCUUGCGACUUCACCCCAUACCAGCUCACAGACGCAUACAUCCUCUACUUCAAAGAGUUGUCAUCUGACAAUGGCGGGAUCUUUGCCAACGCCAUGGGCAUGGGCAAAACGCGAGCGAUGGUGCUCGCCGUCCUCAUGGGACACGUUCACUUCAAGAACUGGACGGAAGUGCAAAAUGCGCGAGCAGAAGGCGACGCGACAGAACACAACGCAGUUGACGAUGACGACAAGCCAUGUCCUACUGAAGGCGAGAGAACGUUCCACUGCGCGUGCGAAAGGAGCCCCUCCUUCAACGCCGAACCUCGACAAGCAGCCACAAUGAUGACUGGUUGGGGGCGAGCAGCUGAUGCCUGGAAGAACGAGGUAGUCGCGAUGGAUCUUGCAAACUCCACGUGGUGCGACCCAAGCGAUCCGCUGGCCCUACGGUUCUGCUUCUUUAGUGACUCUCCCCCGGAGAACAUGGGCAGACCAACGAAAGAGGAAGCAAUGGAGAUGCGAAUCGAUACCACUGACGCUAUCUCCAAAGCGCUCGCUGCCGCCAAUAAGUUAGUCGCCCCACGGAGCUACGUGCUAGGAGGCGUGGAUCAUCGAGAAACAGUCUACUGGACAAUACCGGAAGCGAACACGCCUGCUGUGCACCCUGAGGCUACGAAGCACCGUCCAGCACCGUCAGCAGCACGGUUUGUGAUAGUCUGCGGCUUCGGAAAGGUAGACAAGCAUGUGUUUAGGGCUUACAACACUAUGAGCGUCACGGCACAGCGAACGAUCAUACGCAAAGGCGGCCCUCAUGUGGAAAAGAGGGCGAUACUGCUUCCUGGUCAUGUCACUGUAUGGGGGCGGACUGUAUUCGAUGAAUUCCACAAUUGCAAGUCGGAGGGCACAAUCAUGGCCAAGUUUUACCAGGAUAUUCGAAGCCACAACCACGGAUACCAAUGGAAAGCAUGGGCCCUGUCCGGAACGCCUAUGGAACAAGGACUGAAUGAGAUCUUGAUCUUCGUGUCGCUAGCACUCAUUGGCCUUCAAAACAGGAAAGGGGUCUCUAACUGGUUCAACGCUACCGACAAGAGAGACUCCGUGACUGGCGAUCGCAUCUAUAAGAUGGAAGAUGCAGUCUACCGGUCGAUUGCGGAGACACCAUCUCACAGGACUCGCCAAAACACAGCCCUCAAUGGCCUAGCAAUGGCUAAACAAUGGCGCAAUAUGAUUGCCAAUGUAAAGCACGACGCAAGCGAACACGAGUCGUCUCAUGAGUAUAAAGAACUUAUAUCUCAAGGAGCAGCAGUAGCGCAGAGGUUUAUGUUGAAAAGAACAUUGAAGACGCGCGACCCGUGGGGCAAACCAAUAUCCGGCAUUAAGGGCGACUUCCUGCCUUACUUCCAAAGCUGCCCAUGUCCAGAUUUCCUCAGCACGGUACAAAACGCUGAGCAACAAUGCAGAGAUAUCCUGGAAAAAGAAGGCCUUGAUGAAUCAGAAGCUAGCAGACGUGUGAUCUUCAACCGCUUCGAGAUGCAGGCGAUAGCAUCCUACCCUGCGCUUGCUACUCUAAAGGCAGCACAGUUCAAAACAUACGGCAGCCGCAAAGUCAAACGCUUCACGUCAAACAGCGUGAAGGACCUCUUUACCAACCCAAGCAAGGACCAUUUCCUAGCAGUGACGUGGCUAGGCUUGAGAGAGAAGUUCGGUGACGAGAGCGUCUUGGUCAUGCAGGGAGGUAUGACACAGCACGAAAUCAACCUCAAGCUUGCUAAAUGGAGGGAUCCAGAUGGGCCUUGGAUCAUGGUGGCUUCAAUGGCAUUUGCAGAGGCAAUCACACUGACAGAAGCUACGCACGUCGUCAUCAUGGAGCCGCAAGACAGGCAGAACACACAGGAUCAAUUCAUGUUCCGAGUGUACCGACUCGGCCAGUUGGCAGAAAUGUGUGUCGGCAUUGUCUAUUUUAACCCAGACAGUGAACUGGAACUCAAAGUACUGGGCAAGCAGGACGUCAAAACAACUUCCCGAGAUAAACUACAAGGUGGAGGAUCGACGGUUACGGAUCAACGCAUGGACUGGCAUCAAACUGAACCGAUUGUCAUGAGUUUAGAAGCACUCUGCUAA